GGAUUUCAUGUUCAAUGACAUUGACACCCUUCGUCUCCUUUUAAUUUUGGUCAACUUACAAGGUUAAAAUGGCUAUCAGACCAGUUUUCAGACCCACGAUUAUAAAAAAGAGGACGAAGAAGUUUAUUCGUCACCAAAGUGAUCGUUAUGGCAAGCUGAAGAGAAACUGGCGUAAACCAAAGGGUAUUGACAACAGAGUAAGACGUCGUUUCAAGGGACAGUAUUUGAUGCCAAACAUCGGUUAUGGAUCAAACGCUAACACCAGGCAUAUGCUCCCCACUGGUUUCAAGAAGGUUUUAGUCCAUAACGUCAAAGAAUUGGAAGUCCUUUUGAUGCAAAACAGAAAAUACUGUGCAGAGAUCGCACAUGGUGUCUCUUCAAAGAAGAGGAAAGAUAUUGUAGAAAGGGCUAAACAAUUAUCCAUCAGACUGACUAACGGAAAUGCAAGAUUACGUAGCCAGGAAAGUGAAUAAAAUAGCAGUUUUGUUAAUAUAUAAAAGUAUAAAAAUAU